AUGGCACUGGCCAAAGAAGAAUCAAUUGCUAAAUUGAUUUGUAACUUCUCUUCAAAUUUUCAAAAGGUAGGCAAAGCCAAGCAAACUAAAGGCUACCUCAUUGGUAGGAGAAAACUUCUAGAAGACUGUUGGAUUAAGUUCAAUGAUGCUCACGACAGUCUUUCAUUAAUUGAGGCAACAGAAGAUAAUGAAAAAGAUCUUCAAAGGCUUCUCUCUGAGGAGCGUUUUGCCAACAUUGAAUCAGCUUACUGUGAAGCUUUAGGUGAACUCAACGACGUCAUCGAAGAGCUUUCUACUACUGCAAAUGAUACGAUAUCUCAUUCAACACCGACUCGUCUUGUGGUAAGCGGGAACAACAACAUCAAAUCAAUUUUGCCCCCGCUUCAGCUUCCAACUUUCGACGGUUCAUUUGAUGAGUGGUUGAAUUUCAAAGACAUGUUCACCAGCUGCGUCAUUAAUGAAAAAACACUGUCCAACGUUCAACGACUACAUUUCCUCAAUUCUAGCCUUCGGGGAGGUGCAGCGGCGGUGUUAAAAAAUAUUCGUAUUAGUGAAGACAACUUCCAAACCGCUUGGGAUAUUUUACAAAAUCGCUAUGACAACAAACGCAAACUUGUUAAACAGUAUCUGCGCGAUAUUGUUAACCUUCCAACUAUGUCUAACGAAUCAUCCGUGUUGUUACGUCGUAUUCUUGAUGGAAUCACUGAAGCCGUUCGCGCUCUACAGCGACUAAGACGUCCAACAGAAAAUUGGGAUGAUUGGUUGAUUCUGCAUGUCUUUGAAAAAUUGGACCCUCUCACCAUAAGAGAAUGGGAAAGCUCACUUCAGAGCCCGAAUUCCAUUCCCACUUACGUGCAGCUGGAAAAGUUUUUGGAAAACCGUCUUCAAGGACUUGAUGCAAUGGUCGCUUGCUCGGGGUCAGGUGGACAAGUACCUGAUACUUCAGCCUCAUUCUCUCGAGCAAAUCCAAAGACACCUAAUCAAAAACAAACUUCAACUCAACCAGCCCACAGCCAUCAAGCAAAUUCCAACCGAUGCCCAAAAUUAUUUGCAAAGCAUGUGCUAAUGUUCUGUCCUGAUUUCAGAAAGCAAACGGCAACACAAAGGCUGACAUUCGUGAUGAAAGAAAGAUUGUGUAAGAAUUGUUUAAAAGCUAAUCACGUACAACAACAAUGUACAUCAGAGUUUACCUGUUUACGAUGUCAUCAAAAGCAUCACACAAUGUUACACGAUAGCAUUCAGUCUCAAGAACCCAACAUCAGCACAAACCAUAUGCAAACAAACAACACCUAUUCUGGCGACGAAGAAUCACUGGUAAAAUUACAACCGGUUCUGUUGGCGGCAGCUCAAAUCGGAGUAAGAUCUGCUACUGGACAUUAUCUAAAACUUCGAGCUCUGUUAGACAGCGGCUCUCAAGCGUCUUUUAUCAGUGAGUAUGCAGUGCAACAACUUCAUCUUCGGCGAACGCGGCUCCUUGUGCCGGUGACUGGGGUUGGAGGGUCGAGUGUUGUUAAGUCAACAGGUUUGGUGGAUAUCUCUGUGAGCUCUCUCAGAGAAACAGGUUUUGAAAUAAACUGCAGAGCACUAAUUUUGCCUCGUUUGGGUCGUCUCAUGCCAACUCUGCGUAUUGACACCAAACCUUUUGGUGAAUUUUUGGACCUUGAUCUGGCUGAUCCAAAUUUUCAUGAGCCAGGCUCUAUAGAUGUCAUAUUGGGAGCUGACCUUUAUGGCUCUCUAUUACACGGUGAAAUUAUACAAUCAUCAUCUGCUGGUGCUCCUGUAGCACAACGUACCCAUUUAGGAUGGGUUAUCUACGGACGCUUGCCCGAAUCUACAACUAGAGAGUUGUCAACGAGUUUUUGUGCAUUUUCGCAGGCUGAGCUCGCUUAUUUAGUUCAGUGUAUGUGGAAAUUUAUCAAAAACGAGGAUGUGGAAUCUUCUUCCAAGAUGACACAAGAUGAACUCUACUGCGAAGAAACGGUGCAACGGACCAGCUCUGGACGAUACAUCGUCAAGUACCCGUUUAAGGAUUCCAUCGAUCUUGAAAGUUUGGCGAACUCUCAAGGAGACGCUCAAAAGCUUUUUCAUCACCAAUUAUAUCGCCUAAAUCGCAAUCCAAAAUUGAAAAAAAUGCAUCAAGAUUUUAUGUCAGAAUAUAUUGAACUCGGGCACAUGGAACCUGUGAACGAAGAAGUGUCUCCAGAAGUGUUGUCCAGCUCGACAACAAAAAUGAGAGUGGUUUUCAAUGCCGCUAGGAAGUACAAAUCAGGUAAAUCACUUAAUGAUUGUCUCCAUGUAGGUCCUAAACUGCAGAGUGACCUGUCAGCAAUAAUUUUGAAAUGGCGGACGCAUCGAAUUGGAUUUAUGGCAGACAUUGAAAAGUGCUACAGGCAAAUACUUGUCCACCGAGACGAUGACGAUAUGCAGCGCAUAAUUUGGACAGAUAAAGCGGGAUUACCAGUUACGUACAGAUUACUUACGGUCACCUAUGGUUUAAACUGCUCCCCGUAUGUCACAAUUAAGGCUCUCCAUACCCUGGCCGAUGAUGAAGAAGCUGACUUUCCUCAAGCUGCAAAGGUAUUACGGGAAUCAUUUUACAUGGAUGACUGUCUUCAUGGAACUGAUUCAGUUGAGACUGCUCAACAACUACAAACAGAGCUACAGCAGUUGCUGCAACGAGGAGGUUUCAUGUUAAGAAAAUGGAACUCAAAUUCUGACGAGUUUCUACAAGGUAUUAACAUGACUGAGAAGUUAAGUGACAGUUGCUGCGAACUAAAUUUGGAUCGAGAAACAAAAGCGCUUGGUAUUUAUUGGUUUUGUCAGAGUGAUUGCAUAGGCUAUAAGGUGAACGUCACCAAAGUUUCAUCAGCAAUCACAAAACGUCAGCAACUGUCCGAUGUUGCCAAAAUUUAUGACCCAACUUGUCUUCUGGCUCCAGUAGUAAUUACUGGAAAAAUAACCUGUCAACAACUUUGGCUGUGUGGUAUAUCUUGGGACGAUCCACUUCCAGAGCCGCACCAGAAAAACUGGGCUAAAUUUCGUGAAGAGCUUCCGCUGAUUGAUCACAUCAAAGUUCCCAGAUGGGUUUUCUCGUCACCAAACGCACUAAGUUGCCAACUACAUGUCUUUUCGGAUGCGUCUACCUCCGCUUAUGCCGCUGUUGCCUACCUACGAGUUCAAACCUUUGACGGUGACAUUAAGGUUUCGAUCCUCAUGGCCAAAACUAAAGUGGCGCCUUUGAAGAAAAUUACUGUUCCAUGUUUGGAACUCAAUGGAGCACUUCUUGCCUCAAAAUUGGCAUUCAAAGUUCUCGAAACACUGCCACUGACGUCAAUAACUCUUUACUGCUGGUCUGACUCGAAGAUGGAUAAUCGACUGCCGUGUCGCAGUUCAUAA